AUGGAUCCGACGGCGAGAGAAUGCGAUCCGCCUGGCCACCCGGGCGAUAUCUCACGCCAGGAAGUUGACUUGGGGAUCCUGCCGUCACAUGGCAUUUCCAUAGAUGUGCCUGGAGAGCCAGAAUUAGAACGACCGCACAUAUUACAACAUCUCUCCACACCAGCAUACCAAAGUCCCCUGAGACAUCACCGACGCAAUCCUUCACAGCAUCGUGAGGUCAAGGAAACACUCAAUGCGAGGUCUGCGUAUACGAAUAAUCAAACGGACGGGAGGGCCGAACACCACAUCAAUCAGUAUAUCAUCAAGGAUGAAAUUGGACGAGGCUCGUUCGGGGCGGUUCAUUUGGCCGUGGAUCAGUAUGGGACCGAAUAUGCAGUGAAAGAAUUCUCAAAAUCUCGAUUGCGGAAAAGAGCACAGUCCAAUAUCCUUCGACGGCCACAUGGGAUGAGGCGACCAGGACAUUUGGCUGCGGGUUCUGGUUUGAAUGCCCCUCUUCAUCGACAUUCUGCUUCAGACAUCCACAAUGAUCAGGAGCAGGGCAACCCAUUAUACCUUAUCAAGGAGGAGAUUGCCAUCAUGAAGAAACUCAAUCACCCCAAUCUGGUAUCACUCAUCGAGGUUCUGGAUGACCCGGACGAGGACUCACUUUACAUGGUCUUGGAGAUGUGCAAGAAAGGCGUGGUGAUGAAGGUUGGUCUCAAUGAGAAAGCAGACCCAUACGAUUCUGAAAACUGUCGACAUUGGUUCCGAGACCUUAUUUUGGGAAUUGAGUACCUCCACGCUCAAGGUGUUGUUCACCGUGAUAUCAAACCAGACAAUCUCCUCCUGACUGAAGACGACGUUCUCAAGAUCGUGGAUUUCGGUGUGUCUGAGAUGUUUGAGAAAGCUUCAGAUAUGAUGACUGCCAAAUCAGCUGGCUCACCAGCCUUCUUGCCACCCGAGCUGUGCGUGACGAAACAUGGUGACGUAUCUGGCAAGGCUGCAGAUAUCUGGUCGAUGGGUGUGUCACUCUAUUGUUUGAGGUUUGGACGAAUACCAUUUGAGCGAUCUGGGGUAUUGGAGCUUUACGAGUCUAUCAGAAACGAUCAUCCUGAAAUCGACGCUGAGCCAGAAUUCUGUGACUUGAUGCAGAGAAUGCUAGAGAAGGAUCCGAAAAAGAGAAUUACUAUGACAGAGAUUCGGGAUCAUCCGUGGGUUACCAAGAAUGGUACGGACCCUCUGUUAUCUGCAGAAGAAAACACGGCAGAUCUAGUCGAACCGCCGAGUCAAAUCGAAGUGAACCACGCCAUCACAGCCAAGAUGGCAAAUCUACUCGUCAUGAUGAAAGCAGUUCAGAAGUUCAAAACACUACUAGAAACGAAAAGACCAACCGCUCUAUCCGGAGCUCUAGGUAAAGGAAUUGGCGCUAUGCAGAAUCUGAGCAUUGAUGAAACCCCUGACAUGGGUCUUCACAAAUCUAGGAGUGCAACUUUCGAUCACCGAGGACAUGUUGAAACUGCUCUCGCAACCGAAGGGGUCCACUUCAAGACCGCGGCAGCAGAUCCGAGUCCAGAACAACCAGCUGGGGAGAAAUCUACAGGAAGUGAUGGAAACAAUAGUAAGAAAUCCAGUACAGACGACAUGCCAAAGUUCAACCCGCCAGGACUACAUCACGAAGAAUCCGGUGACAAGGGACAUGCUCAAAAUCCUCUGGAGGAGGAGCCUUUAUUUCUCGGAAUAGGUACAGGAGGUCACGACUCCCUCGAUGCACCCCCACAAGAUGUGGUAGCCGAAUCUCCCGCUGCAGCAGAAUUCAACAUCUAUGAUAAAGCCUACCAAGAGGAAGUGGACCGUAUCCGCGCCGCUCAAGGACACUCAGCUACCGUCUACCUAACCCGCCGCGUCGACUCCAAGAAAGAAUACAAAGACGACGAGAACAUGGUUGAAGCUCCUAAAGCUAAUGAAACUAUCGGCGGUGCCACCGCCGGGUUCAAAGACCUGCUCGAUAAGGCGAGAGAAAAGAGGGUCGAGCCUGAGAAUAAAGAGAGGCUUGUGGGAGGUGGAAACCGAUUUUCUGAGAUCGCGUCAAAGGCGAUUGAAAAUACGAGGGUUUUUGGGAGGGGUCUGAGUGAUCGUGGAGGCGGCAUGGUUGAUAGCAUGUUGGCUAAGGCGGUAGAGAAGAGAAAUGUGCAGAAGGAGCAGAAGGAAUUGAGGGAGAGGGAGAGCCAGGGUCAAAGAUGA